CCUUACACAGAAUUUCUAGCAAUUAGCAUAGCUUUCCUAUUACUCCCAUUUCCCUGCUCCCUGAGAGCUAAUUAUCCUCCUCUCUGGGGACACACAGGUCACCAGGCUCUGGGAAGAAGAUGUGCACCAGCCGAGGAGCCAUGGGGUUACGGAGCCGCUUUGCUCUUGACGGGGACACUGUGACACUGGCCAUCCUGGCUGCAGCCACUUUGUCCCUGCUGCUGUUUUCCUUUCCCAAAUCGCAAAGAGCUAGUUGAUCCACCCAGUUAGUAAAUUCAUUUAUAGCUAUUAGAGACUAUAAUUAACCGAUCAGCUGGAAAGCUGUGUGUUAUCUGCCCGGCGGGAGCAGUGUUGAGGAGCAGCCAGCCCCGAUGGGCCACGGGCUGCCCCCGUCCCCACCAACGGCGCCGCUUGUUUGUCGCCUUUGAAGGAUUUUACUCCACCUCAGACUUUAAGCUUUCUCUUUUAUCUCCUCCUUUGCUAACAUUUGGCAUCAGCGAGCUCACGCCGAGCCUCACUGUUCUCCCUUAUCUCCUCCCUGCAAGGUCACGAACUCGUCUUCACGCUCGCUGUUGCUGCAAGAGUUUGCCGGACAGACCAGUUCAGACCAGCUUGUUAUCAGGAUCUCCCAGCCAAACCUCCCGCUGCUGUUAGACCCUGACACGAUGCAGAUGUUUGUUAAGCAUCUGGGAGGUGAUGCAUCUCAUCGUGGGGCCGGGCGAGUUGUCUCUACCUUGUACUAGCACAUCUGGCCGGUGCUAACGAACUCCUGGGAGUGCUGUUGUCUGUAGGAAUGCAGGGAAAUAGGGAGGAGGAGACGCUGUAGGUGCCCGGGAGAAGUGUCCGGUGCCUGGUUGCACCAGGAGGCGAAGCAUCAGACCGGCGGCAGGAUCAGGAAACCCUCUGAGCCGCGGCGGGCUCUGACCCCGGGGCUGCUGGGGGGGUGACGAUGCUGCGAGCAGGGCUCAGACUCGGCUGUGGUGGUAGGAGGUGAGCGGACACCGGCGGCUUCAGCGGCACCUCGGCCCCGAGCAGCUCUUGGCAAACCCUCCGGCACUGAGCCUCCUGCUCCCGCUUCCUUGGUGCCAGAGCCAUCCGUACCCGGGGAGCAGGGCACUAGGCAUGCUGCUCGGCCUCCCGGCGUCGGCAAAGCUCGGUGCUAACCUCCCGGGAGCCUUCUCCCCACUGUGACCGGGGCCAGGACGAGCUUUUGGCGAGAUGUUCUCACCUCUGGGCUGCAGGAGGGGCUUCCCCAGGGAGACCGGUCCGUGGCAGGCUGGACCACCACCACGCCGCGCUCGUGGCCCCCAGGUCGCCUGGCACAAGCCGCCCUGUGAGCAGCAGCAGAGGAGAGGCAGGGGCAGAUGGCAUCCGCCCGGUCCCUGGGCCCCCAGACCCUUCCAUGGCCCUGCCAAAUUCCAUGGGAAUGAGGAGGACAGGAGAUGGGCACCCCACGACUGUCCCCCGCCACCCCCUUGGGAUGAUAGAGAAGACAACCAAGGACCUGAGGACUUCUUCAAAGAGGACUGGGACCCGGUGAGGCCCGGUCCCUGGUACUGCGGGCCUGGCCCUGGCCCUGAUGACUUCCCGUGGAGUGAGGAGGACAGGAGAUGGGCACCCCACGACUGUCCCCCACCGCCCCCUUGGUAUGACAGAGAAGACAACCAAGGACCUGAGGACUACUUCGAAGAGGACUGGCACCCGGAGCAGCCGCUGCCGGGUCCCGACUGCUUUGCCUGGCCUGAAUUCCCCGAGGAGGAGCAGCACCCACCCUGCCCCCCCGCCAGCCUGCCAGGGGAGCAAGGCGGCUUCCAGGAUGGCUUCCUGUCCAGGCCCUAUCGUGGCCUGGGUAGGAAACGCCGACGUCUUCGCCAUGGCCACCGAGAGCUGACGUUUGUCCAGCGCCUCCCAUGUCCCAGACCCUCCAGAGGGAAUCAGCCGUCCUCCAGGUCCUCUCCAUCCCUCUCUGGGACAAGCUGUCCGGGGGUCAAAGAAGAGCCGCAGCCCCCUGAUCCUCCCCGGCCACUUAUUUCCUGCAAAGAUGGUGCACAGAGCAGCGAGCAGAUGGCUCAGGUCGACCCACCAGUGGAGAGAGGGAAGGUUCCAGAGCCCCCUGGACCAGCUGACACCCCUCAGAAGAGCCUGGACACUGAUCCCGGGGCUGUGAUGGAGGUUGCGGAGCCGGAGCAGGCGUCAGGAGAGACACCGGUUGAGCCGGGAUCCAAGCAGAAACCUGCGGGCAGCCACGGCCAGAGUCCCUCUGCUUUGGAAACGGAGCCAGCCUUGCCGGAGGAGAGCUCUGCCGGGACAGAGGAGCACCUUGAGGUAGGGCCGUGCAGCCCCAGUGUCCCUAAGGCUGGUGCAGGUGGUGGGUCGCAUCCCCACACUCCGACAGCUCCUCCAGAGCCUGCUGAGAUGGUCUGCACAGCGGCAGGUGGCUCCGCCGGAGAGGUGGGUGCUGAGCUCUGCCUGUGCUCCUGGAGACGGCAGUGUCUGCCGAGUGGCACUGGAGAAGCCGAGGCAGAAGAUGCCGGCGAUGGGCUUCUUGGUGCCUUUCACCCAUCCAGAAACUCGCAGGUCCUGCUGGGUGCUACCGUGGAGCCCGACACACGGCCCCGCCAACCCGGCUCUGAUGUUUGCACCCCACCAGAGACCUCACCGGGGACCCAGCACCCUCCUGGGUCCGGUGAGACGGAGCCGGCUGCGGGCAGCCGGCACCGACUCUGCUCCGCGCUUCUGACAUCCUCCCCGGCCCGUGCAGACCUCCGCUCCGCCGCCGUCCUCGCCAGGAAGGAGGAGAUCGAGCUGUCGUACCAGCAGUUCAGCCUGACCAUCGCGGUGGUGGCCACGAUGCUGCUGCAGAAGGAGCCCUCCAUGGAGGCGUCCCUGGGGCUGGCACUGAGGGCCAACCUCCGUCAGGGCCGGAUCCAUCACCUCCGGGAGCUGGAGGACUUCAUCAACAGCUACGACUCGGCCGCCCUCAGCCGCUGAGGGGGAGCCAGCGUGAGCAGAGAGACACCCCCUCUUGCCAGCCAGGGUUGGGGAAGGUGAUGGGGGGCCGUGCUGGUACAUCAGGGUGCUCGUGAUGGUGCUGAGCCCUCAGAUCGAGGUGAUAUGGACAUGUUGGCACAGUCCCACCAUCUCUCUUGGAGAUGGAGUAGGAGGAGUGGGGUGCAUAGUUUUACCCCUGCCCAAACCUGUAUGUGCAGCAAAAGGGGGAGCUGGUUUUACUGGAGGGUGGUGGGAGGGAGAGCGGCUGUGGGGAGCUCCCCUCUGCCCUGGCUCCUCGCUCCGUUCCUGGUUCACACGGAUGUGCCCCAAAACCUCGGAGAUUGU